UGCGGUUUUCACGCCCCAAGAGCGUUAAACACCGCCCCCCAGCGGCGUUACCGAGGCGUGAAGCGGGCCGCGACAUUCGUUUGACGCUGGUGCUUCCCCUCCCCCUCCUCCCCUAACGGCUCUAAUAGCCGUUGAAGACCAAAAAAAAUUUUGUUAUAAAUUUCAAACCCCCCCCCCCCCUCACAUUCUCUCACACCUUCACUCUUCUUCAAUCUUCUUCACACAUUCUUCAAUUUCAAAAUCCCCCCUCUUUUCAACAUGAAUCCUACCGGCUCCGGCUUCUUUUCUGACAAUCCCGCGCCAAGCGAUGCCGCGAUGUGGUAUUACCAAGAGUUGGGCGAUCAACCGCCAAUCUUCGAGACGCAACAAUCGGGGUAUGUCGAGCGAGAUUCGGUUCCGGAGACUCAACCGGAACCGACUGGCUCGAAAAAAAGUACAUGCCGGAAAAGCCACAAAACAAAAGGCACGAUGACCGAGGCGGCACGGUCAAUCCAAAAGCGGACGCCGGAGGAGGAGUGCUUAUUGGCGUCGGCUUGGGUUGACGUCUCCGAGCAUCCUAUCAUUGGUUCGGAGCAAACGAAAGAUGCGAUGUGGGAUCGUAUCGAGGAGAAGUUCUUCACGGCGAUGAACAAGGACGGCUCCUACCGUACCCGGGACCAACUCACUUCCAAAUGGAGCCACAUCAACCGUAAAGUCCGAAAGUUUAUCGGAGUUUACGAGGAAUGCUCCCGGUCCCGGAGGAGCGGGACGAACGACGCCGAUGUUCUCCGGCUUGCCACGACCCGGUAUCAAGAUAACGGGCACCAAGGCAAUGUUCCCAUCGAUCUUUGGAGGAUUUUGAGCCGUUCCCCGAAGUGGCAACAACUCAACAAUCCCGACAGCGGAUCGUCAAAGAAAAGAUCCUCCGUCGACGCCGAGGUUGAGGUCGACGAGACUAUCGGUUCGUCUGAUCAAAUCCCUCCCUUCAACGUUGCGGAUUCCGAUGACGAGGACCCCAUUCCACGGCCGAUCGGAAGAAAGAAGGCAAAAUCCAUUGCCUCGGGUUCGGGAGGGUUCGGCUUUGCUUCCAUUUCUUCUCGCGACGAAAUUGGUCGGGCAAUGGUUGAACAACUUCGGGUGUUCAAUCUUCGAGAAGAAGAGAGGUUGAAGCUAAAAGAGAAGGAGUUGAAGCGAAAGGAGCAAGACGACGAGAUCAAAAUCAUGGAAACCGACCUUUCUACAUUGUCAGGUUUCAAACGGAUGAUCUACGAGCAAAGACAAAGAGAGAUCAAGGCGAACUAUAAUUUACCUUAGUUUUUUUAUUAAUGUAUCUUUUUUAUUAUUGUCGUUUUUUAUUUUAAUGAAUGUAAUUUUUUAAAAUUUAAAUUAUUUUCAUUUCAAUUUUUUUAAAUUUAAUGAAUGUAUUUUUUAUUA